AUGAGGAACCAUUCAAUCUACACGGACUUCAUUCUUUUGGGUCUGACAAAUGACCCUGAACUGCAGGUUGUAAUUUUCCUCUUUCUAUUUUUUACCUACUUGUUGAGUGUGACAGGAAACUUAACCAUCAUCACUCUCACUCUGCUGGAUUCCCACCUAAAGAUACCAAUGUAUUUCUUCCUACGGAAUUUUUCCUUUUUAGAAAUCUCAUUCACAACUGUUUGUAUUCCAAGGUUCCUGGUGAGCCUUGUGACAAAGGACAGGACUAUUUCCUAUAUGAGCUGUAUGACUCAGUUAUUUUUUUUUAUCUUUUUGGGAGUAACUGAAUUUUACCUUCUGGCUGCUAUGUCCUUCGACCGUUAUGUGGCUAUAUGUAAACCUCUGCAUUACACCACCAUCAUGAGCAACAAAGUUUGCUACCAACUUGUACUCAGCUCUUGGGUAACUGGAUUCUUGGUCAUCUUUCCUCCAAUAAUCUUGGGACUCAAGUUGGAAUUUUGUGCUUCCAAUGUCAUUGAUCAUUUUAUUUGUGAUUCUUCUCCCAUCCUACAGAUCUCUUGUUCAGAUACACAUUUCCUAGAGCUAAUGUCAUUUUUCUUGGCCGUGAUGACACUAAUGGUCACACUGAUGUUAGUGAUUCUCUCCUACGGCUACAUCAAGACAAUUCUCAAAUUCCCUUCUGUUGAGCAAAGGACUAAAGCCUUUUCUACCUGUUCUUCCCACAUGAUUGUAGUUUCCAUCUCUUAUGGUAGCUGCAUCUUCAUGUACAUAAAACCAUCAGCAAAUGACAGAGUGACUUUAAGCAAAGGAGUAGCUGUGCUCAAUACCUCAGUUGCCCCCUUAUUGAAUCCCUUCAUUUAUACACUAAGAAACCAGCAAGUGAAACAGGCCUUUAAGGAUAUGGUCCAGAAAGUUUUAUUUGCUUCAAACAAAUGA